CCGGGUAGCUGAGCCCGCUGCUGCCCCUCCGGCUCUCGGCUGGGAUGCAAAACUUCGCGCUUUUUCUCCUCUCCGCCGGCUGGACUUUGGGGCUGGUCAAUGGUAUUCACCCAGAAUGCAGGCUUCAGCUGGAGAUCCACGAAGAGGAAAUGAAGUGCAAGGAAAUGAUAAAGAAUUCUAGGAGAGCAGAUUUUAAAGGAUGUCUUGGUAUCUGGGAUAACCUAACUUGCUGGCACUCUGCAGAAAUUGGAGAGAUCGUGACAGUCCCUUGUCCAAAAAUUUUUAGCAAUUUUUUCAGCAAAUCAGGGAAUAUAAGCAAAAAGUGUACAAGUAGAGGUUGGACAGACAUAUUUCCAGAUUUCCUGCUUGCUUGCGGAUUUAAAGAAAUCGAUGAGACCAGCAUGGGUUUCUAUGUUCUGGUGAAAGCGAUUUACACUCUUGGGUACAGUGCGUCUCUCAUUGCUCUGACGACAGGAAGUAUAAUUCUUUGCGUUUUUAGGAAACUUCACUGCACUCGGAACUACAUACAUCUGAAUUUGUUCCUGUCUUUCAUUCUAAAAGCAAUCUCUGUUUUAGUCAAGGAUGAGAUCCUCUAUUCCAACGCCAGCACAGAUCAUUGCCCAGAGGAGCAACCGUCUUUGGUCGGCUGCAAGGCUAGCUUGGUAUUUUUCCAGUACUGUGUAAUGGCCAACUUUUAUUGGCUCUUAGUUGAAGGACUUUAUCUCCACGUCCUCCUCAUGGUCAUAUUCUCUCCUAACAGACAGUUCACCAUAUAUCUCCUUAUUGGAUGGGGAAUCCCUACAGUGUUCAUUGUCAUGUGGACAGUAUCUAGGAUCUACUUAGAGAACACUGGAUGCUGGGAUACCAAUGAGCACAGUGUUCCUUGGUGGAUUAUAAGGAUACCAAUCCUAAUUUCCAUUUUUGUGAAUUUUAUACUUUUCAUUAGCAUUAUAAGAAUUUUGCUACAGAAAUUGAGAUCACCAGAUGUUGGAGGCAACGACCAGUCUCAGUACAAGAGACUUACAAAAUCAACAUUGCUGCUUAUUCCACUGUUUGGAGUACACUACAUGCUGUUUGCGGUCUUUCCAAUCCGCAUUUCCCAGAAGUAUCAAAUCAUUUUUGAAUUAUGUCUGGGAUCAUUUCAGGGCCUAGUUGUUGCUGUUCUGUAUUGUUUUCUGAAUAGCGAAGUCCAAGGUGAACUGAAAAGAAAAUGGCGGAGUUGGUGUUUGAACCAAAGAAUGGGUCGUGAUUACAAGCUUCACAGCUCUUCUAUUUCUAGAAAUGGCUCAGAAAGCAUCUCGCAAUUGCAUUGUAACUCAACAACACAGUUUUCCCUCCAGACAGAAACCUCGGUGAUAUAAACCAUGUGGGAGCCAGCUAAAGACUCGACAAUGGAUGUCUGUGUAUAGCUCAGUCAACGUGAUAUUUUCUAAAA